CACCACGCUCAUUGCGCAACAUUUUUUACGCAGCGCGGAAGGCUUGCUGCGCCGCGUCCUGCUCGGUGCAACGCGCGGAUGAUACCAAAGAUCGGCGAAACGGGAAGAACAUGACAGAAACGAUGCCUCUGUUUGCUUCAUUAUAAUCGCGAACAUGGGCGACAGAAGCGAGAGGAGCUCGGCGAGGCGCAAGCGGAGAACCACGAUCUCCGGAGACGCGGCGGGAGCCCACGCGAAGCGCGGCGGCGCGGGAGAGACGCUCAGCGGGCAGCUGAAGGAGAAAGAGCAGAGGCACGAAACACCAGCGAAUAAACACAAGAAUCACAGCGAUGCUGGUCAUGACUCCUUCAGCUGCCAUAAGCUGCAGGAGUCGCUGCUCAGCUCCAACAGCGGCUACAGCAACUACAGAGGAAUCCUCAACUGGUGUGUGGUCAUGCUGGUUCUGUCCAAUGCACGGUUGGUCCUGGAGAACCUUAUAAAAUAUGGCAUUCUGGUGGACCCCAUCCAGAUCAUCUCUCUCUUCCUGAAGGACCCGUACAGCUGGCCGGCUCCGUGCCUGAUCAUUGUUUCCAACGUCUUUAUAAUGGCAGCUUUGUACAUAGAGAGAAAGCUAUCUGUGGGCACCGUCUCAGAGUGCACCGGAACAUUCCUUCACUGCAUCAAUCUUGCAGCUCUUUUAUUUGUCCCAGCCGGUACAGUUCUCAGUGUGUCCUCGAUGACCCCAGUGGGUGGUGUUGUGGCGUUGGGUGUCUUCACUGUUCUCUUCCUCAAGCUCUAUUCAUACAGAGAUGUCAACAAAUGGUGCAGAGAGAUCAGACGCGCCAAAGCCCGAACCCUGUCUCGCUCUCACUCCUGCCCAUCUGUGCACAAAGCCAACGGCACGACUGGAUACACACACGUGAGCUAUCCAGGAAACCUCACACACAGAGACAUUUAUUAUUUUAUUUUCGUUCCAACUCUGUGUUACGAGCUGAACUUCCCGCGGUCUCCCCGGAUCCGGAAGCGUUUCUUACUGCGUCGACUGCUUGAGAUGCUGUUUUUAAUGCAGUUAAUGAUUGGACUAAUACAGCAGUGGAUGGUUCCGACGAUUCAGAACUCAAUGAAACCUUUUCAGGACAUGGAUUUGUCCAGAAUAGUUGAACGUCUGCUGAAACUUGCGGUGCCCAAUCAUUUUAUCUGGCUCAUCUUUUUCUAUUGGUAUUUCCACUCCUCUAUGAACUUCGUAGCGGAGCUCCUGCAGUUUGGAGACCGCGAGUUUUACCGCGACUGGUGGAACUCUGAAACAAUUCCGUAUUUUUGGUCAAACUGGAACAUUCCUGUUCACAAGUGGUGCCUAAGACACUUUUAUAAGCCCAUGUUGGUGAAAGGAGUAAAUAAGUUAGCAGCUCAGUUAGCCGUGUUCUUCAUGUCGGCGUUUUUCCAUGAGUAUUUAGUGAGUGUUCCUCUAAAGAUGUUUCGCCUCUGGGCGUUUCUGGGAAUGAUGGCACAGAUCCCGCUCGCCUAUUUUGUGGGCCGAUUCUUGAGGGGAAACUAUGGCAAUGCUGCUGUCUGGAUGUCGCUGAUCAUCGGCCAGCCGAUCGCUGUGCUCAUGUACUUUCAUGACUAUUACGUGCUGCAUUAUGGGAAUACGGCAGAGGGCGUCGCGGCAUGACGCAAGCACUUCUGCAUUAAAGAAGUUGAAUGUAAAACAAUGCAUUUAUUUUUAGAAGGGAAAUUUUUCGAUUUUUAACAGACUUCAUCCCAAAUCGAAUGUGAUCAUUAUUCCGAAUGACUUGAGCAGGUGUGUUUUAUAACGUGCAAUCUAAUGUUAACACUGCCGAGCCAAAGCAGCACAUCAUUGCAAUGCCUUCUCAGUAAUAUUUCAUACUUGACAUUUUCAUACUAAGAUUAUCAAUCAAAGAGGCGCAAAAUCAAAAGUGCAUUUGUAUUUUUCCAAAUGCAUUUCAGAACUCAUUUAUGUCUCCAAUAUAAAUGUCAUGUUUUUUAUUCUCUGUGCUGUUGCUUUGGUAGUGCGAAUGACUGAAUCUGUGAGUUUUUGCACUUUAUUCAGAAAUGCAUGAUGUUUGUCAACCUUUUAAAGGUUCAUUUAAAGAAUGUAAAUGCUCUUAUGUUGAUUUCAAAACUUGUUGAUUUCAUGAGACGUGUUAAGUCAGUGCAUUAUAUCAGCAUUGUACAUGAAUCUGUGAAAUUUUUCAAGCCAAAAUUAUAUUAUGUGCCAUUUAAUUUGCCUGUAGUGUUAUUUAAAUGGGUUUUAAUGGGAUUCAAGUACCAAGGUGGCCUAAAAAGAUGUAAGAUGUUCUAGAGCAUGUACAUUUUCUCAACUCAAAUUUGAAAACUAUUUUGAGGAGUUUUUGUCUACUGAUUUUUUUAUUUCGGAAAGACAUUUCUCAAGACUUUGUAUGUAUCCCUCUCAGCUGCGUUUUUGUUCCUGUCAAAUCCAUCCUGGGCUGGUUGUGUAAACUACUUAGACUGGUACAAAAAAGUUAGAUUGGCCUAAUCUUAGUCAAAAAGUAAGACUGAUUUAAGACUGUCUAAGUUGGUCAAAGUAUUUCUUAAGACAGUCUUAUCAUAGUGGCUAUGUUUGUGUAACUGGCCCCUGCUUUAAAUAUCUUGAGCAUUUAAAGGAGCGGACAAUAAAACUGCAGCGUGCUUAUAAUAAACAAUGUUAUCAUCUGUUGGUUUGGACGCUUUGCAAUCUUUAUAGUUCGUAUUAUGAACGGUCCUUAACUUAAAAUACUACCACAUCACAACUAUAACAACAUAAGAUUUAUUCAAUAAAACCAUCGACAGCCAAUCAGAAUCCCUCUUGACUUUAAAGAGCACGAGCAUUGCGUAGCUAUGAUGCAUUGGGAACGCCCCUUGGCUGUGCCGAUUGUCUUAAGCCCGUAUGGAAUCAUGUCAAUCCGUCGGCUGAUGGCGCGGGUGCCACCACGAUGCCACAAGGUCGCCACUCUUAUACCAGCGACCGCACCAUCUGCUCCUCAGAUUUUCUUUCUUCAGAAGUGGUAAUUCUUUUUCAGAAGCGAUUUAUGUGGCCCGUAUUUUGGCAUCUUUCUCUUUUGCACUUUAGCGAUUGCCUUCAGUGAAACCUUGUUUCUCCUUGUGGUGAAGUGUUAUGAAGUUUCGUCGCUUCCAGUCGCCAUGCUCGACCUGCAUAGAAAGUGUGUUAGAUAUAUGGUUUUGUCACACAGGGGCGAGACUUUUUACAGUGCUUUGAACUGUAAUUUUGUCUCAAAACUUUUGGCAUGAGGCUUGCGGUUUUUGAGAAGGAGUUAUCCGUUUUCCGUUGGACGAAUUGCGUGAGUCCCAGUCCUGUAGCAUCCCUAAUUCUCAUACCUCAUAAAGAAAGCUGCCAUUUUUCAUACGCACACUGUCAGUGUUCCUUCCUGGGACUUAUCGUCUUGGAGGGCUUAUUGGAGUCUCCUGAACGAAUUCUUACCCUUAAGGUGAUGCUCCUGUUGGCGUUGGCUUCUAUCAAACGCAUAGGGGAUUUGCAGGCUCUCUCUGUUAGCGAGCCAUGCAUGGGGUUUGCUCCUGGCCUUGUUAAGGUAUUUCUAUGACCCAGGCCCGGUUAUGUUCCCAAGGUCUCUUUCUCAUCAUUUCGCUCCCAGGUGGUCGUGCUUCACUCCUUCUGUCCUCCUCCUUUUGCUUUGUUUGAGGACGAGAGGCUUCACGAGCUUUGAAGCUCUAUGUGGACCACUCUGGUCAAUGGAGCAAUUCCUCCCAAUUGUUGGUGUGUUUUGUUGCUGACUGCAGAGAGCUCAUCGCAUCAAAACAGGAUUUCUCAUUGGGUAAGGGAUGCUAUUUCACUUGCGUAUGAGGUCUCUCUUCGAUGCUAUGUAUUCAAGCUCAUUCUACCAAGAGUGUUGCUUCCUGUCAAGCUCUUUUCAGAGGAGUUCCCCUGGAGGAGAUCUGUGUGGCGGCAGGUUUUAUAGCUUGGAUUUAGAUGCGGCUCAUGGUUCCCAGAUUCUUUCAGCUUGAACCAGCUGUAACCACAAAUAAUGGACACCAAAUAAGAAAUCAGGCUGUAUUUUGCUAAAUACUUUUCUUAAAACUUGGUACUAGACUUUUGAGUGCAUCCUGUUGGUCAAAUGUUGUAAAUAUUUUUUUUUUAUAUUUUCUCAAAUAUUGUGAACAGAAAUCAUUGUUUUAUUGUCCUCUGAUUAUAUGGUUAAAACAUUUCGGCUGCUGCCGAGCUUGGACCCAUCAUUAUUAUUAUUCGGAUCUAGAUAACAGUUUUAGGUUGACUCAUAAUUUACCACGGUUAUGAUAAUACUGAGAUGUACAUUGUUGCUGCUGCAAUCAGGUUUGAUAACAGAUUUAUAGAAUUGUGUUUGAAGUACAAUUCAUUUGAGAGACAUUUAAUAAGCAGCCGAUUUUUCCAGUGAAAGUCAAAAUUUGUAACUGAAGACACGAUACGUUUUCCUUGCAGGUUUUAGCAGCUAAUGUUCCAGUUUAAUAAAUCUUUUAAAACAUCAG